UCCAACUAAUGAUCCGAUAGGUUCUACACAGAGCAACUGAUCUCAUUUCACUCAUAUUCGGCAUACAACAGAUCCAUUUUGAACCAUGAGAGCAACCGUGGCAGUUCUGGUGAUUUGUUGCUUUUCCGUUUCAUGGGCAGUCGUAACGGUCACCUUCGAUGGCGAAUUUCUCCAUUGCGACAAUGACAUGGAGCCGAUUAGUUUAGAUGUGAGCAAGUUUGACAUACUGAUGCUGGACAACGAGAACAUAACGCUGGACGGAAAACUGUUGUUUGUCAAGGAUUUCAACAAUCCGACCAGUGUGAAAGUUAACCUGGAGAGGAAAAGCAACGGACUGUGGAUACCUACGGCAGCACGGUGGAUCCCGAACAUUUGCGAGGUUAUUGGGCAUCCAGGGGAGAAGUGGAACACAGUGAUUGCCGCGUUCAGUCAACAGGAAUGUCCAUUUCAGUCCGGGCAUGAGGAGAUAUUCGAGAAGGCAAACGUAGGAAACAUGGCCAAAAAUAUGAAGCUCCCUCCUACCAUGUUGGGCUAUUGGAGAAUGUUUGUUGAAGUUCGUACCAAACGGGAUGGAAAAUUGGAAACGGAAUGUACGAAGGUAAUUUUUUUGCUGGAAGAUGUUUAGGAGCUUUCAAAUGAAUAAAUUCAUUGCAAUGUAUUUAAUAUGUCAUGAUGUACCAUUACUGGAUGUCCGGCAAACCCAUAAAAGUAAUAAACUAAUCUUCGAUGGCAGCUAAAUUGAUUCUCUAUAUGAGUACGAAAAAAAUGAUCCACACGUCUUCCAAAUUAUUUAAAAAAAGCACAAAAAAACAAAAAUACCACUCCACUGAAGGAAGUGAUUACCUCCAAUAUAUUUUCGAACGGCAGCAAAAUAAAAUUUACAUGGAGAAUUAGAAAUUCUCCAUAAAGAAUUAAGAAAUUACCAAUAAAGAAAUCAGGAUGUGAGCA